UAGUUACAUUAUGGUUUCAAUAGUUUCACAUCUCAUGGUCUAGAGAUUUUCACUUAAAAUUAAACAGCGUAAAUACCAGCUAAAACAAUGGCAAAACCUAAACCCGAAGAUGCAGCUGAAGACGCCAAGAAGAUAGUAGAUGAGGCGAAAAAUUUCAUUGAAAGAGCUGUUGCAGAUAUUGGAAAGACUUCUGCAACUAAACAGCUAAUUUUAGGAACUGCGUCAGGAUGGAUCACAGGCUUCAUUACCAUGAAAAUUGGAAAAGUUGCUGCAGUCGGAUUAGGUGGAAGCGUCAUUUUGCUACAUAUUGCCAGCCAGAAGGGAUACAUUGACAUUAACUGGGACAAAAUUAACAAGAAAGUUGAUAAAAUUAGUGACAAAAUCGAGAAAGAAACAACAGGGAAGUCUCCUGAUUGGUUUGAAAAAGUAUUAUUAUUUGUCAAAGAUAAUUCAUAUUACUCAGCAGGGUUCACGGGAGGAUUUUUUUUUGGUAUUGCAUCAUCCUGAAUUACAAAUAUUGUCUGCGGAGCGCUUUGUUGAUCGUAAAUUGGAUAAAGCAGAAGGACUAUUGAAAAAGAAGGAAAUUAAAGCAAAACGCUGGUACAACAAUUUUACAGAUGAUGGCAGUUAUCGCGCAACUGAGAGUCAUGUGUUUUUAGCAUCUUUCGUUGCUGGCAUGGCAGUAGGGUUACUGUGUGGCAAAUAGAAUUCAUAACAUUUAAA